UAAGACUCCAGCCGGGAGGCGUUCUGGGACUGUCGAUUCUGGAGUCACACAUGGGCCCAGUGUCUUGACUGGAUUCCAGGAGGGACACUCAGCACAGAGGGGUCAAGGUAUGGAUGGGGAAUUCACAUCGUGGAGCCUGCAGUAGCGACCCCCCACAAUAGUGGAGCACUAUUGUGGUUUGGCGCGCGGGAGCUAGGUUGGCUCGCCCCCUUUAAGACAACAGUCAUGUGACAACCAGCCGGCCAAUCAAAAGCAAAAAUCCGACCAGGGCACGCCCAUCCUCCUCACUGCUUCAGCCAGAACUCUACCUAGGCAGCCAUCUGCAGCCACGCUUUCGAGUCUCUGAGCGAGAAUCUAGCAUUAUGGCCACCCCAUUGUCCAAGGAGAAGGCGCAGAAGCAACAGCUGGGUGAGGUGCCCCCAGGGCCAAAGAAUGAGGUCGCCCUUGCUCCUGGCGAUGCCUGCGGGGUCAGCAACCCCGAUCCCGGUGCUUCGGUCCCCUCGGUCUCGAGCGACCUGUCUCCAUCAGGUGGUGGCGCCCUGCACAGCGGCACAGCAGGUUCCUCCGCCUCCGCCCUGGCUGCCGUGGGUGCUAUUUCGAUCACUGGCGAGGGCCCAUGGCUGCCCUUUAUGGGCUGUGUGCCAGAGAGGGAGCGAGCUAACCUCCAGGGUGGCCACAGUCCCCGCGCCGAGCUGAAAUGUGUGGUGCCUGAGGCAGGCCAAGGUCUCCAGACCUCACACGCGGGCAGCGUGGCCACCAUGGUGCAAGCUAUGAGGGGUGUGGGCCCCGCCAGCGGGCCUCCGACCCAGGCCAUUAGCCCAGGGAAGGGCCAUGGGAGGGAGCUGACCAGCCACGAGGAGACUGCUCAAGCUCAGAAGCCUCCGCGGCGGCGCUGUCUGUUUCCUGGGCCUCAGUGCCCCGUGCCUGUGCCACCAUCUUCUCCGACGUCUCAGCCCCACGGCCGCCGCCGUUCUCGGGCUUCUCUGUGCGGUCUCGCAUCCCAGCCAGGCCCUGCCCUCCAAAGUCAGGCCAGACCAGGCCCAGCUCUCCGCAGUCAAGCAGCCAGGCCAGGCCCUGCAGUCAAUAGUCGUGGCACCCCGCCAGGCCCCGCCUUCCAUGGCCAUGCUUCCGGGUUGGGCCCUGCUCUUCGCAACCGUACAUCUGCACCAGGCCCUGCUCAUCGUCGCCGUAGUGCAUCCGCACCAGGCCCCGCUCUUCACUCCCGUGCAUCUGCGCCAGGCCCUGCUCUCCAGCAUCGCCAUGUGCCUGGGUCGGGCUCAGCUCUCCGCAGCCACCGCCAUGCUUCUUCUACGGGCCCAGCUCUCCGCAGCCACCGCCAUGCUUCUUCUACGGGCCCAGCUCUCCGCAGCCACCGCCAUGCUUCUUCUACCGGCCCAGCUCUCCGCAGCCGCCUCCAUGCUUCUUUGCCGGGCCCAGCUCUCCACAGCCGCCGCCAUGCCUCUUCACCGGGCCCAGCUCUCCGCAGCCACCGCCGUACUUCUUCGCCAGGCCCAGCUCUCCGCAACCGCCGCAGCCACACAUCCGUGUCGGGCCCUGCUCUCCGCCGCCGUACUUCCGCGCCGGGCCCAGCUCCCCAAGGUCGUGCUUCCGAGUCAGGUCCUGCUCUCCGCCACCGCCGUGCUUCCGCGUCGGGCCCUGCUCUCCACCGCCGUGCAGCCGCGCAGGGUCCAGCUUACCGCCGCGGUGCAGCCACUCCAGGCUCUGCUCUCAGCCGCCCUGCUUCCAGUAGCCGUGCAUCUGGGCCAGGCCCUGCCGUCAAUAAUCACGCCAGCCCACCAGGCCCUGCUCUCCGCAGCCGUGCAUCCGGGUCCGGCCCUGCCCUCCGAAGCCGAGCCAACCAGAUAGGCCUUGCUCUCCGCAACAGCUUCCCGACUCCAGGCUUUGUCCUGCGGAGCCGCACCAUCCUGAGGUCAUCCCCUAGAAGCCACGCCUCUCUACCUGUGUCUGCUGGCCUGAGUCCUCCUUCUUCCUCUGGGUUAGCCUUACGAAGGCUAGUCUGCCAGAGUAGGUCAAGCUCUCCUAAUCCUGAGGCUCCAAGCCUUGCUGCCCAACCUCAUUGGCAUGCAGUCCGUAUGCGUGCCUCCUCUCCGUCACCUCCUGGUAGGCUCUUUCCUUUCUUUGAGCAGUGUGGUGGGAGUUCCUCCUCUGCCUCCGGGUCUCCUGGCCAGAGCCCCUCCUCUUCCUCCUCCUUUUCUUCCUCUUCCUCUUCUUCCUCCGCCUCUUCCUCCACUAAUUUUUCUGGCCAGAGCCCCUCUUCCCCUACGUUUUGUGGCUUGGGCUCCAUUUCUACUCCUAGUCCUGCAAGCCUGAGGCGUGCCUUGCUGCCAGAGCUUGAUGCCCUGAGCCCUCUUUCUGCGGAAGAGCAGGCUGAAACAGGGAGCAUGCCUUCCUCCCCUACACGUCCAGUGGUGUGACAGCCGCAAUAGGAAUUAGCAUGCACCCACUAACCUGAAAGGGGUGCCUGUUCUGCAGUUACCUGUGAGGUUUACAAGUGUUCUAGCUAUUAACCAACAUAAUUUUGAUGCUAUUGUUUGGAGACGCAGUUUUAAAGCCUUUCCUUCCCAUAAUGGCACUGCCUAGCACUUACUUGCUAUUGACCCUUGAUUCCAGGCCCACAUUUUCCUCAAAGAGGCCUGCUUUUGCCCCUGAGUUGAGAUUUCCCUUUUCCAUGUUACCUUUAGAUAAUGAAAUUUUUGAAUGAAUAAAAUAAAAAUGUUGACUUCAUUUUUAA